AUGGGGAAGCCACGGAUGAUCAUUUUAGUGCGCCAUGCACAGUCAGAAGGCAACAAAAACCGCGAUAUUCAUCAAACUAUUCCAGACCACCGUGUGAAGCUCACUGCUGAAGGAUAUCGACAAGCCGAUGAUGCAGGCCAUCGACUACGUGACCUUCUCCAACCCGACGAUACACUUCACUUCUUUACUUCCCCAUAUCGGCGGACAAGAGAGACUACCGAGGGAAUUAUUGAAUCCCUAACCUCUGAUACACCCGCUCCUUCACCUUUCCGGAAAGACACAAUCAAGGUUUAUGAAGAACCUCGGCUGCGGGAACAAGAUUUUGGUAAUUUCCAGCCAUGUUCCACGGAGAUGGAGCGCAUGUGGAUGGAGCGGGCAGAUUACGGUCAUUUCUUCUACCGGAUUCCCAAUGGUGAAUCCGCAGCAGAUGCCUAUGAUCGAGUUAGUGGGUUUAACGAGUCCCUCUGGCGCCAGUUUGGCGAGGAUGACUUUGCCAGUGUCUGUGUUCUUGUUACGCACGGCCUCAUGGCACGAGUAUUUCUCAUGAAGUGGUAUCAUUGGAGUGUGGAAUAUUUUGAGGACCUUCGCAACAUCAAUCAUUGCGAGUUCCUAGUAUUGACCCUCAAUCCCGAAAACGGGAAAUACACACUACAGAACAAGCUUCGUACCUGGUCAGAUCUUCGAAAAGACCGAGAUCGUGAAAAUGCAUCGAAAGGUCAGGUCCCUGCGCCCAUCCCACCUCUCGGUCACACAGAUAAUACCCCAACUCGGCGCAAGUGGGGAGGCUGCCCCGACGGCUGUAAUCACGGCAUGACUACAGAGGGAAGACAAUCGUUGCGAGUGAAUCUAUUGAAUUCCAGCUAUGCCCAACCAAAGCAUGCCGAUGACCAUGUAGGCGGCUUUGGCUCCAAACUUCACAAGUCUAUAUCCAUCGACGAGGUGGUAUCGUUCUCAGAAGACAAUUUCGCCCAGGAUGAUACCAGUCGAAACCCCAGCGUUCAUCGCGUCUCCAAUCCGCAGCAUACACUUCGCGACAAUGACAACAGAGACACCACAAAGCAGUACGAUUCAGGCUCCGAAGCCCGACCAAACGUGAAUUCAUUGCCUCCAAAACGUCCAAACUUGCACGGACUGAACCGAAAUAGCCAAGACCAUACACCCACAUCAUCUGCAUCAUCAUCGGCGCACCUAAAGUAUGCCCUUCUCCACCUUGGCGGCCGUGACGGUGGAGGCUCCAUGAGCGGAGCGAACAGCCUCGCCCCAUCCGAUGAUGAAAGUGACGAUCAUGCUCACCGUCGCGUUGUACCAACUUCUCCCGGCAUCGCCACUGGCAAUUUGUCCCAUAUGAACCAGCAAAAUUUCGAAUUCCCGUCCAACGAGCAGACUCAACAGCGUGGUCCCUCUCAGGAGUUCGAAGAUGACGGCGAUGACGAAAUGAGCGGCAAUGCCACCGAGAAAUCGAAGAAACCUCGUCUGCACCAUCCCCAUCAAUACCAUCACUAUUAUCACCACCAUGUUUCUUCUUCCACCGACCAACCCGAGCACCGCAUGGCCAAUAUCCUCGGCGACGGAGACGAGUCAUCCAACUCGGAAUCACAGGCGCGAAGACCAGAAAGUUCUUCAUCGGAUUCCUCAACUCAUAUCCACAUCGAGGAAUUAUCAUUAGAAGAGCAGCAAAAGCAAAAUCAAAGUAUAGAAGGGAGCGUUUACUAA